GUCGAAAGUAACUUUCAAGAUUACACUCACAUCUGAUCCGAAACUGCCGUUUAAAGUAUGCUGAAUUCAUGGGUUAUUGUUGAAGUUACAUCGCUGCGAAAUGGAAGAGACUGUACUGAGAGAGUUUUUCGACUUUUUUCAAGAUUUCGUUAAUCUCUGUCAGGCAGAAAAUUGGCCCAACAACACAACAACUGACAUAGAACUAAGAAAUGCAUUUAAAAUAGCGCAACAUAUAGAGAAAUGUUUGGAAAAACUUCAAAAAAGAAACCUGUUAAAUGAAUUUCUCUCAACAUUGUAUAAUUAUGAUGAUAAAUCAUGUUACUUUUUAAAAAAUUGCUUUGCAGACUCUACAAAAGCUGUAUUAAAAAAAAUUAUAGUUUCCGAUUGCUCUAUCAAUCAAAUAGACAUAUCUCUUAACAUUUACAUAGAGAUAUUCGAUGAAGACAAAUUAGUGGAGUGUCUAUCUGACAUUAUGCUAGAAACAGCAUCAAAACGCACAUUGCUAGACAAUUUGCCGGCUCACAUACCAAAUUGUUUUUUACUAGAAUUAAAAAGUCAAAUUUUUUUGUACAAUCUUUCCACAACCAAAGAUUCGAAAAUGUUUUUAGAACAAUUAUUAACAAACUGCAACAAUAGUCUAAUGGAAGUUUUAGUUGUAAGUUUAUUAAGUAAUAACCACAAACACGAUAAAGAAAUUGUUUGGAUCAAUGAAGCAUUUAUAAAUGUUAUGCUUCUGAAAAACCAAAGUUGCAAAAGUUUCUGGAAAAGCCUUUUUAAUGUUGAUGAAAAGUAUUUUAUUCAGUUAUGCAUCUCAUAUACUGAUUUGUUUAAGUGCAUGGUUGAAACAUUAAUAGAUAUUGCCAAAUUGUUAAAAAACAAUAUGUCUCUGGAAUAUUUUUAUUUAGAUUUACCACAUUCAGAAUUAAGUGAUAUAAUCAAGAGAAUUAUGAAUAAUGAUAUUUUGAAGAAACAAUUUUUGUCUAUUAUGAAUGAAAAUAAUUUAGAUGUAGGAUAUUGGGAUAGUAUUGGGUGUUAAUUUUUUAUUAUUUCAUUAUAUUAUAUCAAUCCACAUCUCAUCAUUUUUAUAUGCCUGCAUGAAGUUGAUUGUUAGUAGUUUAGAUUAUCUAAAUUCAAUAUCUCUAAACCACAACGAACAUAAUAAGAAGUUAGUUACGCAUUACCAUUGCGUGUACUAUGUUGUUCCUGAAUUAAAAGCUUCAGCACAUGAUUAACAUGUCAGUUCAAUGAUGUGUAUAUAUAUUUUUUACACCUGUGCUGAUUUUUUAUUAAAAGGAGUCUUAAGUUUUUCUGCUAAUACGAUACAGAGUUAAAAUCUUUAUCAUGUGAGAAUUUCUUUACUAAAACUAAGAUAUGUAUAAUUCUAUUAAUUGCUCAUCAAAA